ACUCCUGCGGACCGGUUUUAUGUUGCCAAACAUCCGUAGAAAUUCAACCGGAAUCAUCAGCAGUUUGAUCCAUUUGCAUCAUCGAAUUGACCGAUCGAGACCCCAAGAUUGAAAAAGGCGGAGCGACUCGAGAGCGAAAAAAAAGAGAGAGAACCUCGUUGACCUCGCCCUUCCCUCCCUCCAUCCCAUCACAAUUCGAUUGAAACCCUCCCCCUCCUCCGAAUAAAUAAAAACAAUGGCCACUGUCAAGUGAUAUCUGCCCAGCACCGAAUCCAUCGAUCAAAAGCCUCGAUCAAAUUCAAAAACACAUUUCAAACUCGUCGCAUUCAAAUUUCCCGCCUGAAAAAAACCGAAAAAAUUCAAAUUUAAAAAGCGCCAAAAUGCCGAUGAUCCCAUUCCUCAACAUGGAACUGUCCCUGGCCAAGGAGAUCAUCAUGGAGAAGGUGAGGGAGCCGCACACCCAGCGCCGCCUGGUGUUGGUCAUCGUCUCGAUCGCCCUGCUCCUGGACAACAUGCUCUACAUGGUGAUCGUGCCCAUCAUCCCGGACUAUUUGAGGACGAUCGGAGCCUGGGACACUCACAUCGAAGGCGGCGAGUACGUGACGGAGCCCAGCAGGUGGCACGUCAACACCACCGGCAAUUACAGCGUUCCAGGCAACCGGACCAGCCUCCACCUGGUCAACGGCGUCGUCGUCUACGAAGGGGAAGAUGCGGCCAUUGGGGUCCUUUUCGCCUCAAAGGCCAUCGUCCAGCUGAUGAUCAACCCGUUCUCGGGAGCGCUCAUCGAUCGGGUGGGCUACGAGCUGCCCAUGAUGAUCGGUCUGACGAUCAUGUUUCUCUCGACGGCCGUUUUCGCCUGCGGCCGAUCCUACGGCGUCCUGUUCUUCGCCCGAUCGCUGCAGGGCGUCGGUUCGGCCUUCGCCGACACGAGCGGCUUGGCCAUGAUCGCCGAUCGUUUCACCGAGGAGAGCGAGCGAACCAAAGCCCUGGGCAUCGCCCUGGCCUUCAUCUCUUUCGGAUGUCUAGUGGCGCCGCCAUUCGGCGGUUUGCUCUACGAAUUCGCCGGCAAGGAGCUGCCGUUCCUGAUCCUGUCGCUCGUCUGUCUGGUCGACGCCCUGAUGCUCAAACUGGUCAUGAAGCCCAGGGGCAUGAGCCAACUGGGCAAAUCGACGUCGGUCGUGAGUUUGGCGGCGGGAGCUUCGGCCGGACCCCAAGUGGGCACGCCCAUCUGGCGACUCCUGAUGGAUCCUUACAUCGCCGUCUGCUCAGGAGCCCUGAUGAUGGCCAACGUUUCGCUGGCCUUCCUGGAGCCCACCAUUUCCGUCUGGAUGAUGGACACGAUGAACGUCGAGCAGUGGCAACUGGGCAUGAUCUGGCUGCCGGCCUUCUUCCCGCACGUCCUGGGCGUGGUCCUGACCGUUCGAAUGGCGGCCCGCUACCCGCAGUACACCUGGGUUAUGGCCGCUUUCGGCCUGGCCCUGGAAGGCCUUUGCUGCUUCAUCAUCCCCUUUGCCACUUCCUACUGGGUCCUGAUGAUUCCCAUCUGCGGGAUCUGCUUCGGGAUCGCCCUCAUCGACACGGCCCUCCUGCCCACCAUGGGCUACGUGGUGGACGUCCGUUACGUCAGCGUCUACGGCAGCAUUUACGCCAUCGCCGACAUUUCCUAUUCGUUCGCCUACGCCAUCGGUCCCAUCAUCGCCGGCAAUGUCGUCGAUUCCAUCGGAUUCCUGGCCCUCAACAUCGGCAUCGCCGUGUCCACUUUGCUCUUCUGCCCGGUCCUGAUGCUCCUGCGCCACAUUUACGAGUACAAGCCGUUCGGCGCCCAGGAUGGUGAGGAAAUGACUGGACUGGGGCCCAUGCCGUCCAUCGGUCACGGAUUCUCCGGCAUUGCUGGUGGAGGAUCGAACAUUAUUCCGCUCAUGUCAGACCCGCCAGACAAGCAGUAUCAGACGUACGCCCUUCAGGAGUCGGCUCCUGGCCAGCAGCAGCAACGGUACCAGAUGAGCGCCAACAAUCCGUUGUCUUCCCAGCCGAAAAAUCACCUGGAAUACGGGAGCGCUAGACAGCAUCAGCAGGACACCAACGUCGAUGGCGGUAAUAGUACCAACGGCUAUCACAGCAACAACCGCAACAACAUGCAGGAGACGAGCAACAACAAACCCAAACCGCCUAAGCCGCCGCUGCCGACGAAAAUUCAAAUGACGCAAAGGCCGGCUAAUAAUGAAACGAUGACGACGGCCACUGCGGCCGCCACCAGACAUCAGGAAUCCAAUCCUUUUCUGGCCAGUUGGGAUUAAUUAAAUGACAACCAAAAAAAAAAAACAAUCCUGAAAGUUUUCCAUAUAAUACCAAACCAAUUUCUUCUUUUCGAUUUUUCAAACUAACCCGGCGCCCUCUCCCAUAAUUGGCACAGACAAAAAUUAAUUGAAGUUAAUUAGCCUAUCGUCGAUGGUUUUUUGGUUAUUUCAAUUAAUUCUAAAUAGAAACAUUUUCUCUAUACAUGUCUAUACUUUGGCAUCUGCUGCUGUCGAUCCUUUUUUAAUUUCUAUAUACUUUAUAAGUGUGUGUAUAUAUAAUUAAUAAUGAUAUAAUUAUAUAAGAUAGCCUGUAGUGUGUCAUUAUUCACCUAUAUCGAAAAAAACAACAAUUAAGAAUUAUUAUUAAAUGUAAUAAGCGACCGAUACACGAAAAAAAAGAGUGAAUUUUGCCCCCCUGAUCGUUGAACGAUAUUCGAUUGAAUGAUUUAAUUUAAUUUAGUUCGAUUAAAUUCACACACCCUAUCAUUUAUAAUGUGUACUAUAUGUAUUAUUAUUAUUAUCUUGUGCGAUUUUCCAAGUUUUCGACAAAUUUCCGGUAGUAAUAUUAUAAUUAUCAUAAAUGAAUUAUUAUCGUUCGUUGGCUCCGGUUUUAUUCGAUAUCAUUUUAUUAUAGACUGAUAAUUAAUAAAAUCGUGAAAAGGGAUAUUCCAUAAAAAGGAUCUCUCUCUCUCGCUAUUAUAUGCUAUAUCGUACCAUCGUCGAUGUGUGUAUCAUGCAAUAAAGUGUGUUAUAUGCAUGACCCUUUAAUGUAAUACAAACCCCCUUCAAUUCAUUCAAAACAAAAGAAGAUCACAGUUUCAUACAUAAUAAUAAUAACUUCCCAGAUUUGAUUUAUAUCAUUUUCUUAAUUUUAAUUUAAAAAAAUUAGCAAACCAUUGAGUGGUCUGCCCUAGAGCUCUCCUCCCUCCAAUUUGAUAAACAUAACAUAUUCAAUAUUGAAGAAGAAAAAACAAAAAUCGCCAAUUCGUUUUUGAAGAUGUAACGAUAUUAACAAAUAGGUAUUUAGAAAUCGAUAUAGUUUAGAGCUUUGACCGUGAAUGAAAUUUUCUGUUUCGAAAUUCUCAUCAUUUGUUGUCUUAUUAUUCCACAUACUUAUUAUACAUACAAACAUUAAAAAAGCAUAUCAAUGUCAAUCGCUUCUUUAUUAUACUAUUAAUUAUACAAUCGCCAUUUUUAAUUGAUAUGGGCAAAUGGAAAAUUCUUUUAGUUUGAAGUCCUUAAUGUUUAGUCAAUUUUAAUUUCAAGAAAAGAAAAGGUGUACAGGAAUGAUUCUAUUGGGAAAGGCAGAGAGAGGGAACAGUUCAUUUGUGGCUGAAUUUUCUUUGUAAAUAUUCUUAAUCAAUUUAAAA